AUGAAGAUUGCUAAACAAGAACUCGAUCAUAUCAGGAUGGGGUAUAUUGCUACUAAUAAUACGAAUAACGCUACUUUAGAAAACCUUUUGCAAAUACUGUUUAUCUACAUCAUUCUCAGAAUAUAUUUACCUGUAUUGCUACACUUGCAAUAUAUACCAUUCGCGAUAGAGCCGUUUGGUGAUACUCAUUUAUUCACCAUGUAUCCUAAAAGUUGUGCAGUGAACAUGAGUCUUCACAGUAGAAAUGUUGCGGUUGCUUGUUUGAGUCAUGUAAGGGUAAAUGGUAAUGUUAAAACUAACAAUUCAAGGGUAAGCACAGAUUUCAAUAAAACUUUACCCUUACACGCUGUUCUUAUGCCCACCAGUAAUAAUAAAGCCAUAAAUCUUCCUGUCGGUACGUGGCUCCUUGUUAUUCUAAAAGUAACAGUAGCGAGACCCAUUAAUUCUGCUUCUUAA